AGUGUGUUGGUGUCGCUCUCUAUGAUCGUAUUCUGAUCCUAAGAUUUGUUGGUGUGUAAAAAUUGAGUGUAGACAAGACAAUGUGUGUGAUUUAUGUUUGGUUGUUGACAAUAUAUGUUGACUCAUGGUUGAUAUAAUUGCACAUUGCAAUUAUUCUAAUUUUGAUUUUCUAUAUUUAUAAAAUCAUGUCAAAGUCUGGUGUUAUUUUUAAUGGUGAAAAUACAAGUGAUGUGAAAGAUUAUACCAACGACGCGAACGUCAACAUGGGUGCUGCUAUCAACGAUAACUCUUGUUCUAAGCAUUUAGAAACAUUCAAUUCCAAGGAUAAUAAGGCAGGACUCAUUCCUUAUCCCUGUGAUUUUGACCACAUAUAUGCUAGUAAUAUGAGUGAAAGUGAAAAUAAUGGGGAUAAAAAUUCGGAAAUCGUACAUUUGAAGGAACUACUUUUGUUGCAUCUGGACCUUAUCCAACAACAGUCGGAACAGCUAGUUACCAAAGAUAAACAAAUUACAGCUCUAAAGCAAGAAAAUGACACUUUGAAGCAGAGGCUCGAGCGAAUGGAUAGGAGAGUAACUUUACAAAAACAUAAAGAGUUAUCUGAAGUAAUAACAUCAAAUCAAUUACCAGAUACAGAAGUAGAGGAAAUUGCAUCAGCUGCAGACUUGGUUGUAAAUCAAGAAAGUGAUGUCUCUUUAACUCCAGUGGCUACAGCAGAGGACACGAAUCAUAUUGUGAGGCGUCGUAGGAGGGAUGACAAACUGAGUGUAAGUGGUAGUGUGUGGAGUGCCAGUGGCCCGAAAAGAAGAAACAGAAGUUUAUCAUGGACAUCUUCUGUUACAAGUACAGAUGCUACUUCAACAACAAAGGUAAAUGGUGGAAAAUUAAUAAAGAGAGACAGGCAUCAAAGAAGAGAAAGGACAAGGAAAAAAAGAUCAAAAAAAGAAGAUCCCAAUGAAAAGAGGGAUGACAACAUCCUGACAACUGAUAGUCCUUAUUACACUCCUGUGGGUGACGCUAAUAACCUGUGGAACCCAGAGGAAAUACCAGUCAGCGGUUGCGUCCUUGAGGUUCCCAGUUGGAGGGUUAAAGUUUUUACCAGUUGUUAUACUAUGGAAGGAACUGAAAAUCUUUCUGAUGAUGUUUUUGAUAGAAGACAUUCCAGACUGGAAAUCGAUGAAAGGCGGAGGAAAAGGUGGGAUGUGCAGAGAAUAAGGGAACAGAGACAACUGGAGAAACUAAGACAGCGUGGGAGGAAGAGAAGUGGAGGUGGUUGUGAUGGAGAGGAACUUAUGUCCCUAUGGCCAUCUCCAGAUCAGGCUCAGUAUCUCCAAGUUCAGGAUUCUCUUCCAGUAGCAGCUUUUGGCUGCCCAAUCACAAAAUUAAACCCUGUUGAUUCAGAGUUUACAUUGCCAUGGGUCAAUGGUAGAGACUUCGGCCGAAGUCGACCAUCUUAUAUUUCACGGAAGAAGAGAUGAAUUCUUGAGAUUGUUGAUAUUGAGUACAAGAAGAGGACUUUCACGUUAAUAAAAUUACCUUUUUUCUAUCAGAGCUGUAUUUUUGUUGCAACCACUCUGUAGACAAGUCUCAGUAAAAUAGACAUUCAAUGGCUUGUUUA